CUGACCUGACCUGACCUGACCUGCCUCUGCCUCAGUCACAGUGCUGCUGCUGCUCCGACAAACAAUGAGACGAUCAUCGUCAUCUUCUUCAUCAUCAUCAUCAUCCUAGAUUAAAUUCUCACCAUUAACGAUUAAUUAGUACUACUUCUCAACGAUUACACCUAUUGUCGUCUUCAUCUUCUUUAAUUAAUUACUCAUUCAUUCAUAAGUUCGUCCUAAUCUGCAUAUUUUGCAAUUCGAUUCGCUUGAUUGAUUGAUUACCAUUUUCAUACAUUUAUUAUAUACAUACAGGAUGUAUCUAUAUGCGUGUUUCUGUGUGUACGCAGCUGUGGUAUAAAUACGAGACAAAAGUCAUCUUCACCCCCUUCGAAGUUUGAGCUUCUGCUGCAGAGCCACAAAAAUCCCCACAUUGGGACUCUCUAUUGCCAUUAAUGAGUAAUUGGUUAGGGUUUUCGCUCAAUCCGGAGCUCCGCCUCACCGCCGACGAACUCGCAGCGGAAAACGACGCCGACGGCGGCUUUCCAGUCUCUCCCUUGCGCUCCGAUGGAUCCUUCUCCAUUUUGGACUCCAAGCAUUAUUGGAGAUAUGAUAAUGAUGUGAAUGGACCCAAUCCGACCGAAGAAGCUCCAAAAUUCGAAGAUUUCCUCGGAUGCUGCUACUCGAAUUCGCCGGCGAACGACGCCGCCGCCGCCGCCGCCGAGAUCAACGUAAACGCCACGCCGGAUUUCGGCGGCGACGAGAAGCGAGGCGGCGGCGACGGCGAUUUCGCCAAUACGACGCCGUUCUAUCCGCCGUAUGAAUAUAGCAUGGUCCCCGCUCCGGACGGCGUUUUCUCGGCGGCGCUCGGCGGUGGUCCGGCCUGGUUGCAUCAAGCGGAGAAAGCGGCGGACGGAGGCGGCGGUCCUUGUGAUUUCCACGCGCUGUCUCUGACUGUGAGUCCGAGCUCUCCGCCUCCGGAGCUUCUGCCGCCGCCGGCGACCGCCGAUGGGAAAAAGCGGUUGGAGGGGAAAUCCUGUGGCGGGAAAGAGGCUACGCCUCGUAAAUCUGUGGAUACUUUCGGACAAAGAACUUCUCAGUACCGUGGAGUUACAAGGCAUAGAUGGACUGGAAGAUACGAGGCUCAUUUGUGGGACAAUAGCUGUCGGAAGGAAGGCCAAACCAGGAAAGGAAGACAAGUGUAUCUUGGAGGAUAUGACAAGGAAGAAAAGGCAGCAAGGGCUUAUGAUUUAGCAGCUUUGAAGUAUUGGGGCCCAACCACUCACAUUAAUUUUCCUCUGAGCUCUUACGAGAAAGACCUUGAAGAGAUGAAGAGCAUGAAUAGACAAGAAUUUGUUGCCCAUUUAAGAAGGAGAAGCAGUGGAUUUUCGAGGGGAGCUUCAAUGUACAGAGGAGUAACAAGACACCACCAGCAUGGGAGAUGGCAAGCUAGAAUUGGAAGAGUUGCAGGCAACAAGGACUUGUACCUUGGUACUUUCAGCACGCAAGAAGAAGCGGCGGAGGCCUACGACAUAGCCGCAAUAAAAUUCCGAGGGACGAGCGCGGUGACGAAUUUUGACAUAACGAGAUACGACGUGAAGAGGAUAUGUUCGAGCUCCACGCUGAUAGCUAGUGACUUAGCGAAACGAUCGCCCAAGAACUCGGGUGGUGUGCUCGACGAACACACUUCAUCAGCUCCACCUCAUGAGUUAAUAUUGGCUGACCGGAUGUGGAAGUCCGGUGGUGGCGGUGAGGAGCCGAGGCGGCAGUGCGGCAGGAGCUCAAGUCCUAAGGGGGAGGAGGAUGGAUUGGGGGUGGUGGGGGGGUGUUAUGAGGGUAGUGAUCAGGAGACAAGUUCGAAUGUAGGAGGAGGAUUUAAUGGUAAUAAUAAUGGUCAUAAUCCUCAUCAUCAUCACGUGUUUGCACUGUGGAAUUGAAUUUUUAGGGGAUUAAUUAAGGUUUGUUAAUUAGGAGGAAAUUUGGGUAUGUGUUUUGUUGUGGUAAUUCUUGAUUUUGAAUUUUGGGGUUAGUUAAGAUUUCUUAUUAUGUUGGAUUUUGAA